AUGGUAUAUGUUAUGGGAUUUGAAGGUAGUGCCAAUAAGUUGGGAAUUGGGAUUGUUAAAGACGAUGGUACUAUUAUAUCGAACAUUAGACAUACAUUCAUAACACCACCUGGCGAAGGAUUUUUACCAAAAGAUACAGCAAAACAUCAUAGAAGUUAUAUAUUAUCACUAGUUCAACAAUCAUUAAAAGAAUCAAAAUUAACACCACAGGAUAUAGAUUGUUUAGCAUAUACCAAAGGACCAGGUAUGGGCCCACCAUUAAGAUCGGUAGCAGUAUGCGUUAGAAUGUUAUCACAGCUUUGGAAUAAACCAAUUGUUGCUGUAAAUCAUUGUAUAGCACAUAUUGAAAUUGGUCGUCUUAUUACCGGCGCACAGGAUCCAACUAUUCUAUAUGUUAGUGGUGGCAAUACUCAAGUAAUCUCCUAUUCAUUAAAUAAAUAUCGUAUUUUUGGCGAAACUAUUGAUAUAGCGGUUGGUAAUUGUUUAGAUAGAUUUGCACGUGUAAUUCAAAUUCCAAACGACCCAUCUCCAGGUUACAACAUUGAACAAUUAGCUAAAAAGGGUAAGAAUUUAAUCGAGCUUCCAUAUUUAACCAAAGGCAUGGAUGUUUCAUUUAGUGGUAUUCUCUCACAAAUGGAAUCUUUUGUAAAGAACAAACAAAAAGCAAAUCAAUACUCUGUUGAAGAUUUGUGCUACAGUUUACAAGAACAUUUAUUCUCAAUGUUGGUCGAAACUGCCGAAAGAGCAUUAGCUCAUUGUGGUCAAAGUGAAAUUUUAGCAGUUGGUGGUGUAGGAUGUAAUCAACGUCUUCAAGAAAUGAUUCAUCAAAUGAUCUCUCAACGUGGUGGUAAAUCAUUUGGAUUUGACGAAAGAUAUUGCAUUGAUAAUGGAGCAAUGAUUGCAUGGGCCGGUUAUUUAAUUUUUAAAAAUGGUGGUUCAACACCCAUCAGCGAAACUACAACAACUCAAAGAUUCAGAACUGAUCAAGUUGAUGUAACUUGGAGAUAA